AUGCGACAUCUUGCCACGAAGAAGCCUGAUCUAAAAGCUGUGGCAACGGAGGCUGUUACGCAUAUGUCUCCAAAAUGUGGAACAUUAUUUGGUAUGCAGCUUCUACACAAGCCUUUCACUCUUUGGACAGAAGCGGAGAGGCGGCCGUCGUUGAGCUUAUUUUAUAAAAGUCCUGCCGCAUAUGAAGUUGGAAUGAAGCUACCUUCGAAAAAAAUUAUUCAGAAGUGGGUCAGUGAAAUGGAUAUUAUAGCGGGCACAGAAACUAAACUAUUCGAACAUCUUGUAGAAAAAGUGAAGACAAUGGAUGAUAGUUGCCAAGGUUGUGUAUUGGUGUUCGACGAAAUGAGUGUGAGGAAAUGUCUCAGUUACUAUGCUAAGUAUGAUAUCAUUGAGGGCUAUGCAGAUUUUGGCAGCCUAAGACCCACUAUACAAGCUUCUGAAGUAAAAGCUGGGACAAGCAAAUGUUUUAGAUACAUAGGAGAUUUUAAGGAAGAUGAUUUGGCUGUUCCUGGCAUAGCUAGUAAAAUGGCAAGUGUUGCAAAAAAGCAGCUGAAGAAGAAAGCCAGAAAAUUAAGUAAUUUGCAGCGAUCAGCCCACAGGAUGAGGAAGAAAAUUUUAAAUUUGGAAUCAUUAAUAAUUGACCUUCAAAGGAAUAGUCUUAUAAGUGAAUCCAUGGGUAAUUUGCUGAAGAGGCUGCCACCAGGUACAUCAGAGUUGUUAAAGCAUGUCAGCAGAGGUCAAACAAGAGAAAAGUACCCAGCAGCUCUUCGGACCUUUGCUUUAACUCUUAAUUUCUACAGCAGCAAGGCUUACAGUUACAUAAGGAGAAAUUUCAAUACAUCUCUGCCACAUCCACGGACACUGAGAAGGUGGUACAGUGUGAUUGAUGGAAAUCCAGGUUUUAGCAAAGCAGUUGCUCUCAGAAUAAAGAGUCAAGAGCUUAUGAACAAGAGCAAGAAAUUGCUGUGUGCUAUGUCAUUUGACGAAAUUGCAUUGAAUUUCGUCAAAAUAAAUUUGUUGGAUAUGUAGAUUAUGGAGCAGAGCUUGAUGAUGAUAACCUUCCUGUUGCAAAUGAGGCACUAACAUUUAUGGUAACUGCUGUUAACAGUUCUUGGAAACUGCCAAUUGGUUACUUUCUAGUCAAUGGACUAACUGCACUAGAAAAAUCUAACCUAUUGAAUGAGGCUCUAAAGUUUACUUUUGAUGCUGGUCUUGAGGUGAUAUCCGUAACUUUUGAUGGAACACAUGUAAAUACUGCAAUGAUAGAAAAGCUAGGUGCUUCUUUUUCUUUAGCUAACACAAAA